UGAAAGCGAAGUCUUACGAUUUUCAAACAUUGACCGCUCUCGUAUUUGCAAUUUUGCAUCUUUGGAUUCAAAAAGGGAAUUCAUCGGCAAAUCUUAUUGGGAACAUAAACUGCUCUUUGAUUAAAAGUGUCGCUUCUGAGUUUUGGUGGGGGAUCUUCACAUCCUUGGAAGUUUAUGAGGUACAAAUCUUCUAAAACUUAUUCAGUGAGCUAUGAUCUUAACUUCUAUGGUGGCUUCUUUUGUUUGAACGAGGGAGUGCAAGGAUCUCACGAUGCUUUUAGCAAGGCAUUAAUUAUUGUGCGGGAAGGUUGGCAUACUGCAAGAUUGGUCAGUUUUACAGAGUUUUUCAGGAAUGUUUGGACAUUUAUCUUUGGAAGAAGGAGCAUUUACAUUCGUAGUUGGUUGACAUUGAGAUUAACCCUAGGGAUUCUCACACUCUUGAGCAUCACGAUUCUUAAUUUGAGAAUUUAUUUCAGUCAGAUUCGCAAGCUUUCAUGGAGAAUAUAUACUAUGGACUUAGAUAAGGAUUUAACUAUAUGUGGGAAAUAAAGUUCAAUAAGAGAGUUUUGCGUGUUGUUAAGGAUAAAAACGUCUUUAGAGAAACAACCCUCCGGUAUGAAGACACAUAUGGACUAUAGACUCAAUCAACGGACGAGAUUCCAAGUCUUAUCAGAUUCGAGCAUUUGCAC